UAUUUGCAUUUCACAGAUGAUAUAUCAAGGUAGAAUCUGCUCUCCAACCAAACAACUAGCUACAAUUAACUUGGACACUGAUAUUUCUCUUAAAAGACCAGCCAUCGUCCAUCAUGAAAGCUGUCCUGCUUUGUGUUCUGAUCAUUGCUCUUUUAGUUGAAGAUUCUCUAAGCAAACCUAUUUUAAGAAUAGGCGUCAACAGAAAACCAAAUCGCGGUCACUCUGGAUGGUUAGGCGGACACAAAGUGAAACAAAACAAAAGAUUUUGCAAGCGCAAACCCAGUGGUCUUUACCCUGAUCCAGAGAAUUGCUAUGGCUUCAUUCAGUGCUCCUACGGCAAAGCCCAUUACAGAGAUUGUCCCGCAGGAUUGAAAUUUGACCCUACACUAUCCGUCUGUAACUGGGCAACCAUGGUGGACUGCGAAAACGAGGGCAGCGGAGACUUGGAUUGAGAAAAUGUCUUGUAUUGUAAGUGGAGCAAUUGUUAAAACUGCUUCAGGCAUUAAAAUAAGAAAGAAAAUAAAGUUGCUUGGUUUGUAAAAGGUUUGAUUAAAAUGUAGAAUUAAAUGAAAAAUUGACUUCAGGAAA